AUGGGUACUCCAUCCUCAUUGCCCACAAACCCUAACCCCAGCCCCAGUCCGCCACUCCCUCAGUCUCCGCCACCACAAACGCCGCCAUUACCACAAUCGCUACCACCUCAGUCACCGCCACUACCCCCAAGCCAAAUACCACCUCUCAUUCCGCCAACUCCCCUCUCGCGGCAAUCCGAGCCGCAAAAUGAAACACCAAUUCUCGACACCCAUUCCCCAGAACCUGUGCCUACUCAAACAAAAACAAAAGGCAAAACAAAAAGGGUCGCAGGUAGACCCAAGGAAACCCCUGUCAGAAAACGAAAACGAGUACCCUCUGUUCCUUUUGACCUAAACUCUCUACCUCGGCCGUCCUCUGAACCAGUCAGCAAAAAAACCAGGUCUUCCUCGCAAACCCCAGCACCAGCGGUCCAAACACCAGUAACUCAGUCUCCCUUACACUCUCCAGCACCUGCAUCAUCUGCAGAUAAUAUCGAGGAGGAUUCGGGGUAUAAAAACAUUGAGUGGCAGCAAACUGUUUAUGACCCUGUUCAAUUCUGGAAGGAUAUUGCACCUUUUGGGGGUUAUUAUAGACAGAGGAUUGCAAAAGCCUCAAGGAUAGUUGACCAUGUAUUGAAAUACCUCCAUAGGUUCAUUUCUUACACUGUUUUAGGGAGGGGACACAGUAACAGUAUUGUGGGUGCUGCUUCGGAUCACAAUGAACCUACUGCAGAACCUGAAGCAGAUCCUGAUGCAGCAACAAAGACUUGA